AUGAGCAAGAUUUCAAGCGACCAAGUCAGACAAACCGUUGUCACCCUUUUGGCCCAAGCCAAGGAAGCCGAGCGUGGCUUCACCGAGACCGUUGAGCUCCAGGUCAACCUCAAGAACUACGACACCAAGAAGGACAAGCGUUUCUCUGGUCAGAUCAAGCUCGCCACCAUCACCAAGCCAAAGAUGUCCGUUUGCAUUCUCGGAGAUCAGCAGCAUUGUGAUGAGGCCGCCAAGAUCGGCGCCGAGUUCAUGGACGUUGAGGCCUUGAAGAAGAUCGGUAUCAAGAACAAGAAGGGAAUCAAGAAGCUCUCCAAGAAGUACGAUGCUUUCCUCGCUUCCGAGACUGUCCUCCGUCAGAUCCCCAAGUUGCUCGGACCAGGUCUCAACAAGGUCGGCAAGUUCCCAACCCUUUUGACCCACGCUGACGACAUGGCCUCCAAGAUCAACGAGGUCAAGUGCACCGUUAAGUUCCAGCUCAAGAAGGUUCUCUGUCUCGCCGUCGCCGUCGGCCACGUCAACCUCACCGAGAGAGAGAUUGCCACCAACAUCAUCCAGUCGAUCAACUUCUUGAUCUCCCUGUUGAAGAAGGGAUGGCAAAACAUCAAGACCCUCUACGUCAAGUCAUCCAUGGGUCCAUCCCACCGUAUCUAC